UGCGAGCGAAGCCCCCCUCUCUCCCUCCCCCCCUCCCUCUCUCUCUCUCUCUGCGUAACGGAAAAUGGCGGCGAUCGGCGACAGCUGGUCGGCCACCUCGAGCCCUAGGAGGCGGACCUGCGUCGUCAUCGGCGGCCGCGGCUUCGUCGGGCGGUGGCUCGUCCUCAGGCUCCUCGAGCUCGGCAAGUGGAUCGUCCGCGUCGCCGACUCCGACCGCUCCCUUCGGCUCGAUCCGUCGGCGGAGCGGGACGAGGCGGCGGCGCUCCUCCUCUCGCAGGCCAUCUCCGCCGGCCUGGCUUCCUACCAUCACCUCGACGUCCGCGACCGAUCGUCCGUUCUCGCAGUUAUCAAAGGUUCACAGGCUGUGUUCUAUACGGAUGUUACCGAUUUGUUGGGUCAAGAUUUCUACAACUCUUACAUGAUCAUUGUUCAAGGUGUAAAAAACGUCAUAAACGCUUGUAGAGAGUGCAAAGUCAAACGGCUAAUAUACAACAGCUCUGCGGAUGUUGUUUUCGAUGGUUCAAGGGACAUAAAUAGUGGAAAUGAAUCAUUGGCAUACCCUUGGAAGUAUGCAGACAUGUUGAGUGACCUCAGGGCUCAAGCGGAGGCACUGGUUUUGUUUGCAAACGAUAUUGACGGUCUCUUGACAUGUGCCCUUCGUCCUAGUGGCAUUUUUGGUCCUGGAGAUACGCAGCUUGUGCCAGCAGUUGUAAAGCUAGCACAAUCUGGCUGGAUGAAGUUUAUCAUAGGAGGUGGAGAAAAUAUGUGCGACUUCACCUAUAUUGAGAAUGUAGCUCAUGCCCAUAUUUGUGCGGAAGAAGCUUUAUGUUCUCGGAUUGUCUCUGUAGCAGGAAAGGCGUUCUUCAUCACUAACAAUGAACCAGUGAAGUUCUGGGAAUUCAUCUCUGUCCUAUUGGAAGGCUUGGGAUAUCAAAGGCCUGUCAUAAAGCUGCCUGUUAGCAUGGUCUACUAUUUUUUCUUGCUUCUUGAAGGGAUAUUUGAAUCAUUGGGCAUCGCAAAGAACAGUUAUAUGCUGUCAGCUCGCCUUUCUGUUCAAGUAGCCUCCCGGAAUAGAACCUUUGAUUGCAGUGCAGCCCGGAAGCAAGUUGAAUACUUGCCGAUUGUUUCCCUAGAAGAUGGCAUCGCAAGAACCAUUGCGUCAUUCUCUCAUUAUUCCAGAGACUCAUCUUAUGGGGGACAAGGUGAUUUUCCCGAUCAGUCAAAAGCAGAUUGGAUGCUUGGCGGAGGAAAAGUAGCGGACAUUUUGCUUUGGAGAGAUGAGAAGGAGACAUUUGCCUACUUUCUGGUAUCGGUGGUGUUGUUUUACUGGUUCUUCAUCAGUGGAAGAAGUUUUAUCUCAUCUACUGCUUAUCUUCUACUCAUGAUGAUGAUGGCACUCUUUGGGUACGGUUAUCUGACAUCAAACCUGUUCGAUUCUAAUAUCAAAACAACAUCUUUCUCUUGUUUUGAUAUGCAAAAAAGCAUAGUGGAAGAGUCGCUUGGGAGUAUCAUCUCAUUGUGGAACAGAGGGGUCCAUAUUAUUAGAUCGUUGGCACAAGGAGAGGAUUGGAACAUUUUCUUUGAGACUGCAGUCGCUAUGUAUUUCUUGAAGCUGAUUGUAUCAUAUUACCUGACUUUCGCAGUUGGUGCAGCUCUUGUCUGUUCGUUUACUUGCUUCUUCCUUUACGAACAAUACGAAUUGGAGAUCGAUGCACUUGAAAAGGUUCUGAUGAGCGGAAUGAAAACCUUGAAAGAAUGGUUGGUGAGUUUCUUGCCUCUUUCCACGACGCCACAUCGCCGCAAGCAAGAUUGGUAGCACGAGGACUCGUCCAAAUGCGAGAAAACUGUCUGCAACAGUCGACCACUGAUCACCUGAGCUUGACAGCAUUGUCACUAAAAUGUAGUUAGUAAAUAGCAAUCUCACUCGGGGAUCUCUAUCCAGGCACAGUGAUCGAUCGUAGAAUUGAAGUACAAGCUCUCCUUUUGAGCCUCUAACCAGGUUUCGUUAGCGUCGAGAAGUUUCGGAAAUAGACUGUCCUGUCCUUUACAACACAUCUGAAUCUGAUGCAAUCAAGCACACAAGGUACAGACAAAGUUGACAUGUAAACAGCAACCGUUCGAAGGACCACAAUGGUUUCUCUCUCUCUCUCUCUUAUUUUUUCUACUUGUACUGUUGAACCGGCCUCAAAGCAAGGAAUAUGUUUUACAACCUUGUCGGACAUUUGGCUAUGAGCACACAAGAUAGAUUAUGACAACAAUGUAUCAAUAGAUGUUGUCUUAAAGCUUCAUUAGCUUGAGACUUUGAGAGUUGGGUCAAGGACGUCGAUCUGAUCGGGCGUGACUACUCUGAUCCCGGAUGGUAGAACCAAGCAAAAUUGUAAUAUGAUUCCUACAUGUCUUCUUUUUCA